AUGUCAUUUGAAGACGUUUUCCCACUAUCGUUCGCACAAACUAGUUUUAACAGCCUGCCGAUGCUGUCAGAUAGUCCCAGUGGACUAUCAGAUUUUGAAGAUGAGCAAUUAUAUGAGGAACUGCUCGAGACACAACCUUUAGUGGUACCGGUUGAUGAUGAUAGAAUUUUUACUGUCGAUGAAGAUUACAAAUAUGCUGAACAACCCGUUGUAGCACCACAGCGGCCUCGGAAGGCGGUUGGGUUUGACGAAGACGUCUUUGCAGACGCUGCUCAACACAACUAUAGACUAUGGCUUGCCAAUGUGCGGUCGUAA